AUGGACAACCGAUCAAGCGAUGUGUCGCCAGAGGCGAUGCAGGCACGAAUUCAACAAGCGCGUCGCGAGGCUGAAAAUCUCAAAGACAGAAUCAGGCUGAAGAAGGAAGGGCUCGCUGAUACUUCCCUCUAUGAGGUCGCGCAACAAGCCCAUGAGCCACUUCCGAAGAACAACAUGAUGAGGACAAAGAAGACGCUAAAGGGCCAUUUGGCCAAGAUUUAUGCGAUGCACUGGUCCACCGACAGGAGGCACCUCGUUUCAGCAUCUCAGGACGGCAAGCUCAUCAUUUGGGACGCUUAUACGACCAACAAGGUUCACGCCAUUCCCCUACGAUCGUCUUGGGUUAUGACUUGCGCCUAUGCCCCGAGCGGCAACUUCGUCGCCUGCGGUGGUCUCGACAAUAUUUGCUCCAUCUACAACCUGAACUCGAACCGUGACGGCCCUACUCGUGUCUACCGGGAGCUUUCGGGUCAUGCAGGUUAUCUCUCUUGCUGCCGUUUCAUCAACGACCGCAGCAUCCUCACCUCCUCCGGCGAUAUGACAUGCAUGAAGUGGGAUAUCGAGACGGGGACAAAGGUCGUUGAGUUCGCCGACCACUUGGGCGACGUAAUGAGCAUCAGUUUGAACCCCACAAACCAGAACACCUUUGUGUCGGGUGCUUGCGAUUCUUUCGCCAAGCUUUGGGAUAUUCGCGCCGGCAAGGCCGUACAAACAUUCGCUGGCCACGAGUCCGAUAUCAACGCCAUCCAGUUUUUCCCCGAUGGUCACUCUUUCGUAACGGGUUCCGACGACGCUACUUGCAGACUUUUCGAUAUCCGCGCAGACAGAGAGCUGAACUGCUAUCGCUCCGAAUCUAUUCUUUGCGGCAUCACCUCCGUCGCGACAUCAGUCUCUGGACGUUUGCUCUUUGCCGGUUAUGAUGACUUUGAAUGCAAGGUCUGGGACAUUACUCGCGCUGAAAAGGUUGGCUCUCUCGUGGGUCACGAAAACCGUGUCAGCUGUUUGGGUGUUUCCAACGACGGAAUAAGUUUGUGCACAGGCUCUUGGGACUCUUUGCUCAAGGUCUGGGCCUACUAG